UUUCAAGCCGAUAGAAUACCUGAACUAUACGAAUUAUUGUCACAACAAAUUAUUAAAAGUAACUGUAGAAUUUAGAGGACACGAAAAGCGUAAUAUAGAGAAAAAUCGUUUAAACAUAUUUUUAAAAUAUAUACAUCCAUAGGGAAUAAUUUUGUGCUGAGAGACUUAAAAUAAGUGAGAUCUUAACAAAUUUACCAAGGGACGGAGACAUGGCUUCCAAACCUUUAAAAAUAUCUAAAGAUACUGCUGAUGAAAGUGAAUCUACAAAGAAGAAAAGUUUCACAUUCACCGUGAAUUAUCCAUUGCGCGAACCAACGUUCGACAAAAGUGUUCUCAUGGAAAUCGAAAAUGAAAAGAGUCCCCUGAUUGAGUACAUGAAAAAGGCAGUUGAUGAACAGAAUGGACUUAUGGAAAAAUUUACAGUGAAAUAUCUCUUGAGUCGGGGAUAUGUCAUUGAAGCUAUAUUCAAAAAUGAAAGGGAAUUCUAUUCGAAAAAUGAAUCAUCCUGGGAGAUAAGAACUGAGCCAGAACUAACGGAAAGGGGUAUAAGUAAUUUAAUACCCGAAGACGGGAUGAAGGUUCUGCUGGAGCUCAUACAGUGAAAUCAGCCGUCAUGAUGACCAGUGCGAAUAGUUCGGCAAUUGUAUUAUGUAUUUGCAAUUGCAUUGUACAGCAGACAAUAAAUUGCAUAAUAUCGUGUUUGUAUUUGUAAAGUAUUGUUUAUAAUAUAGUAUUGUGUAUUGUUUAGUAAACUAGAAACUUGAAUAUUUGAUUAAGGCCUAUGUCAACGUACAAAACAUAUGUGCAUGUAUUGCACAGCAAAUAUAGCAUUGAUGACUGUAUAA